AUGGUUUUGAUCAAAGCCUACCUGGGCAACGAUGCACGUCGCGUCACGGUGGAAGAUGACAUCCCCUUUGCCGAUUUACGUGCCAUGCUGAUGAAGCUCUUUGCCGUCUCGGGCUCGGGAGAACCCAUCACCCCUCCUGCCCCCACACAAUUCUGGAUUCGGUACAAGGACGACGAAGACGACCUUGUGUCGAUCUCGACCGACUCCGACCUGAGGGAGGCCAUAGCCUACAGCGCCAGCAAUGCCGACCUACUGCGCUUGUACAUACAACAGGGUGAUGGCGAUGACGGCAAAGUGGAAACGGACGCAGGUGGUAGCACCAAGCGCCCCGCAACGUCGGUGGGUGUGCACGCCAUCCCGCACCACACGCUGCAGCACCGCAACAACCUCGUCCUGCAGAGUCUCGCCCAGCCCGAGUUCGCCGUGCAGAUCUCCAAGAUGGUGUCGCAGGUGGUGACGACACAGAACCCCGCCUUCACGGACCUCAUUCAACAGAUGGUGCAGGCUCUAGCUCCGCAAAUGGAGAGCCUUCUCUUGCCCGCCGUUUCCGCCGUGCUUCAGCAGCAGACGACCACACUCGUGCAGCAGCAGCAGCAACAGCAGCAGCAGCAAGCGGCCCUCUACGCACGGCAGCAGCAGAGCCCUCUCCAGGCCCCCAACACCUACCCUAUCUACUCCCACCCACCACCUGCACAGUCACCCUACUCCCCUCCUCCUACCCCGACAUCCCUGCCGAUCCCGUACUCGCCGGCGCCCUCCUCGGGUCUGGCCGAACCACUCACGCCCACGGCGCCGACUUCAACCGAAAAGAAAAAGGAAAGCACGACGCCAUCGGGCAUCUCGGCAAUGAGGAACAUGCUGCCCUCCAUCUUCAAGGUGGGCAUUCCUACCACUUCACCAGGUCCAUCGCCGCCCACCUCCGACAAGGACGGGCGCAUGUCUUCUUCGCCGCCACAAAGCUAUGCACCGCCGCCGCAGCAGCAACAAGACCGACGAAAGCGAUCGAGCUCCAGCAUUCACGAAGCCGACUUUUCGUGGGUAGACUCGGAGGGCUCUGGCAGUGGCGGUAACAUCGCAGUGGGUGGUGGCCUGGGCGGGAGCGGCAACGGACGGCGGGACCCAUCGCCGCGACACAGAUCGGUCUCCAAUCCCGUGCCCAUUGCCGCGUCGCCGCCCACCACUUCGUCAUCGACCGAUCUCUCGCAAAUGUCGCCCUCCUCCUUCUCCCCCUCGCCUCUCGUCGCCAUGGCCGCCGCUGCCCCAGCUUCGCCCGCAUCACGCGCCCGAGCCGCCCCGCCUGCUCUUCCGCCACCGGGAGUAACAUUUACUGAAGAGCAAUACCAGCAGUUGUACCGAGAAUGGGAGCCGGUGCUGGCACAGCUGAAGCAGAUGGGAUUCGAAGACCCGCGACGGAACAUCGACCUCAUCCUCGCGCAUCGGGGGUCCAUGGUCGACGUCGUGGAGCAGCUCCUCAACAGGAAGAGUUGA